AUGCUAAGAAGGUCAAUAAAAAGAUUAUUUUCAACAGAGGUGCACUGUGCUUUAGAAAGCCUUUCUAAUGGUGUCAAAGUUAUUUCUCUUCAAAACCCUGCAAGAAAAAAUGCAUUAGGCACUUUAUUGAUAGACCAGUUCAUAUCUCAUCUGCAAUGUCUCAAAUUUGACAAUGAAGCUAGAGUUGUUAUACUAAAAAGUGGAGUUUCUGGGACUUUUUGUGCCGGAGCUGACCUUAAAGAAAGGCUUCAAAUGACUCCCGACCAGGUCGCUGUUUUUGUGGAUAAACUGAGAAGUUCAUUUACAAUGCUAGAGGACCUUCCUAUCCCUUCUAUUGCUUGCAUUGAUGGUUAUGCGCUUGGAGGCGGCUUAGAGCUUGCUUUAUCUUGUGACUUGCGAGUUUCAGGCCCGAAUUCUAAGGUUGGUCUCCCUGAAACUGCACUAGCAAUCAUCCCAGGCGCAGGAGGAACUCAAAGGUUGGCGAAACUAAUCGGAAUUGUCAGGGCAAAAGAAAUGAUAUAUACAGCUCAGCAGUAUAAUGCAAACACUGCCCAUUCAUAUGGGAUCUUUAAUAGUGUCCAUGAGAACCCAUAUGAAAAAGCGCUCGAAAUUGCGAACACAAUAGCAAAUAAUGGACCAGUGGCUAUAAGAAUGGCGAAAAAAGCUAUAGAUUUAGGAUAUGGAAAAGACAAAGCAACUGGGAUGUCAAUUGAGCAGCUUUGCUAUGCGCAGGUGAUUCCAACUGAAGACAGAGUAGAAGCACUUAAAGCUUUCAAUGAAAAGCGAAAGCCAAUCUUUAAAGGUAAAUAA